AUGGCUUCCAACAGCGAACCAUUGGGGCCACCUCCCCGUCCAGCCGCAAUCAUAAACCACGUCACGUCGACAAACGAGCCCUUCCCAGAUCCCAACGAGCUAGAUGCGGCCACCAAGGUCCACACCCAGGGCGACUUCCAGAUCGAAGCCCGCAAGCUCCCAAUCUCCAAGGCCGGCCCCAUCGACGAGCUCAACGAGAGGCUCGGCAUCCCCGUCCCCGAGAUGAUCUUCGGCGACAACCUCAUCAAGAUCACCCACAAGCCGUCCAACUGGUCCAUAUCCUUCGACGCCUUCGGCGCCCUCAACCGAGUCGACAAGGAGGGUAAGAAGCUCCUCAAGGUCUCGUACGCCAAGGACUGGGAGCGCACCCGCGAGGACACCACCAUGAAGAUCAAGAACAUCGUGAAGCCCUACGACUGGAGCUACACCACCGACUACAGCGGCACCGAGAGCGAGGGCGGCGGCGGCCAGCGCCUGGCGCCGGGGACCGGCCACUCCAUCCCCCUCGCGCUGCUCCAGCGGCGCGACCCCAUGCUCUUCUUCGAGGAGGUCAUCCUGUACGAGAGCGAGCUCGACGACAACGGCAUCUCCAUCUACAGCUGCAAGGUGCGCGUGCACGAGAAGCGCAUGCUGCUGCUGUGCCGCCUGUUCAUGCGGCUGGACGGCGUCGUGGUGCGCAUCAACGACACGAGGGUCUACGUCGACUUUGAUCAGCAUUACGUGAUUCGCGAGUAUACCGCCAAGGAGGAGCUGUUCCAGUCUUUAAACAGGAAGCUAGUUAUGAGUGGCAGACUCCCAGACGAUGUUACCAUCGCUCUUCGCGACCCGAAUAUCUUGGACCCUCUGCUCACUGUUAAGAAGCAGACGACAGACACCGUCAGGUUCGGCUAG